ACAUUGCGGGCAGUGGUGGUGCAAUGCUGGGGGGAAGAUAUGGGGUUACUAUGGAGACAGCUGCCGUAUAAACAUCUUGACUUGUGCUAAUGAAAUCCUUGAGAGACAAAUGUCAACUUUUCUGGAGACAGCAGCGGGCUUCCCUCACCAUUUCCAUGCUGGGUCAGUACCACUGCUUCCCCCCCUGACCUGGCAGCCGUGCUUCACCUUCCCAGGUGUAGAUCUUUACCCACUCUCCCCUUCCACGUACCAGAGGCAAGAAGCUCUUUCUUGAAGGGCUUUGAGCUCUGCUGGCAAACGGCUGGAAGGAGCCGAAAGCAUUGCAAGCGCGCAGUGUUUACAAGGCGGCAACGCGGCUUAUAAACAAGGGGCUUCUUUAACGGCCGGGAGCAGCGAAAGCACAUUCCAGGGAGAGCGCGCCUGCUGGGAGAUCAGCUUCCUGGAGAAGCCUGGCCUGACUGGGAGACAAGAAACUGCAUCUUCACGAAUGCUUAAUCCUUGACCUCCUCGGAGCACGCUCCAAGCACGAAUGCAUCCUCGCGGCCCCUGGGAGGGCCACGCAGCAUACCCCAUGAGCUCCAGAGAGUGCUGCCAUCCCUCUGCAGCCCUCCUUCUCUUUCUCUGUCUUCAGCUUCCCACCUCACUCCACUGACAGAUCCCCAGCAGCCUGGAGUUCAGAGAUCAAGAUAGGGUCACCCCACAAAAUCUACGUAUUGAUCCUUCUGGCAGGCUCACACAGGAUAAGCAAUCCGUGGGUUUGAGGAGGCUGCCUGGUCGCUCUGAUCUCUGCUGAUCCCAGACUCCUGAAGAGAAGAACCGCGGGUGCUUGAAUCCAUUUGGACCUGCGGGGUAUGCAUGGUUGAAACACAGGGUGCUGUAGCCCAGGACCUAGCCUCAGAGUGGGAAAACCCAGGAGAGUGAAGAGCAACUGAGGCAGCAGCGGCAGAGCUGGCCAGACUUGCGCAACCUUCACAUGCAGGAACAAACGAGCCAUUCCCAGGAAGGCUCUGGAAGGGUUUCGGCUGCAAGAAGGCAGAGCACAGAGCAUACGGAUGAGGAGCAAGGCCAGGUGGCUGGUGCUGGGAGAAGGGAGCUGAGUGUGCAGUUUGGGGACAGCGCUGAGAGUGAUGAAGAUCCUGACCCUCCUGAGGACCCGCUGCUGAACUCUCUGCCUGAGCUCUCAGUGCUGGAGCGGCUGGGCCUGCACAGAGUGGCUUUAACGGAGCAGGACGUGGAGGCAGCAUUCGCGCACUUAGCCCUGGCCUUCCGUUGCGACAUGUUCACCCUGCGGCGGCGGGUGCAGGUGGAGGAGCGGGCGCGGGACGUGGCAGAGGAGAACAUUCAGCAGGAGCUGGAGGAGUGCCGGGCAGCGCUGCAGAGGCUGGGCCUGUCCUGCGUCGACCCCAAGCGCAAGGAGCUGGUCAGGCAGUUGCAGCAAAGCCUGACGGUGCUGGUGGGGUCUGUUGAGCGGGCGACGAGCGCAGCAGAGAAGCUGGGGGCCGUUCAUCAGGAGGCGCGGAUGAGCCGGGCAGCAGAGGUGAUGGUGCAGCACGUGGAGAACCUGAAGAGGCAUCACUUGCGGGAGCACACGGAGCUGGAGGAAAUGAAGCGGCUGAUCCAGCAGAACUCCCGCAACCGGCAGCUGGCUGAGAACAGGGAUGACAGUGAGCAGAGACUGAAACUGCCCCUGAUGCGAACGUUCCAGCAGGCGUCCGCACGUCGGAGAGUCAGCAUCGCAGUCAUUCCCAAACAGCUCACGCUGUUUCCCAGCCCCGAAAGUGGGCGAGCACCUGAGGGGGAGGCAGCCAAGGCAGCGUGGGAGAGCAGCCCUAGCACAGAGAGGGAAACCUGCUGCCUCCAGGAGGACUCCACCGAUGGAUACUUCAUCCUGCGCUCAGACUCGUCCAACUACUUGCACCGAAGCCAGCCACAGGCAGACAGAAUCGAGUGUGAGGGGGACAGAGGCCGCUACGCAGAAGGGAGCGAGCCGGAGCUGUGGAGAAGGGGAAGCACCAGCAAGCCCAUGAAAGAGGAACCCGAUGGGGCAUCAGACAGCGGCGGGCUGACGGAGGAGCUGGAGCAGCUUAGUCUGACGUCCCCAGCAUCUGGGAAAGAGAUCCCCUGGCCUUGGGUCUUUCUGCCCCAGCACUACUGGCUUUUCCUGGGGCUGCUUUUCCUGGGGCUCACAUGCCUGGUUCUGAUGCGGAUUCUGGAGCUGCAGAAACAGCAGCCAGCACCACCCCCCCACUCCUAGCAUGAAAGAGGAAGAGGACUCAGCCCGAGAGACACAGCAUGCCAUCCCAGGCUUACUUUUAAAAAUAAAAUAAUAAUAAU